GGUGAGUGCGAGGCCCGGCCCCGCCCGGCGGCUGAGCAGAGGCCCCGGGGAGCCUCCUCGGUCCCGAACCCUCCCCGCCCCCGGGAACAGCCCCCAGGCCCCCCCGUGUGUGUGUCGGGGCCUCCGCCCCGGAGCCUCGGACCUGCCCCACCGGGGCCCCCCUAGCUGGGCCCGCAUCCCAGAGCCUCGUUGGCGCCCCAUGUGAUUAGCCAAGCUCCUCCCCCGCGAGCCUUGUCUGUGUCUCAUCCGAGUGGCCAAACGGGGGGCCCCGGGUCUUGUGCGUGUCUCCCCCUCCCCCGUCAACAUGAACAGCCCGGCUGGGAGCCCACAAGGAUCCAAGCCCACAAAGAUCCUAUGGGCCCCACCCCCGCGGACAGGGAAGUAGCCCCCACCCACCCCAAACAGCACAAAUCAUGUUCCAAAUCUGGAAAAUCCGUCUUGGCAAACUUUCUGUCAGAGAGCACAGAAGGCAUUAGCAGCUACGUCCCCACUCAAGGAGUGAGGAUCCUGGAAUAUGAGAAACCAAAUAUGAAUGGCAACAGUAAAGGGGCGGGGUGUCGAUUUGAGCUGUGGGAUUGUGGCGGUGAUCAAAAGUUUGAAACUUGCUGGCCAGCUCUGAUGAAAGACUCCCAUGGUGUUGUAAUAGUCUUCAACCCAGAACUGCCCAGUCACCUGAAGGAAAUUGAAAUGUGGUACUCCUGCUUUGUGCAGCAACAGCAGUUACUAGAUAACCAGUGUCUGCUAAUUGCACACCAUAAGCCAGGCAGUGCAGGGGACACAGAAAACCUGUCCUUGGCUUCACCACUGAACAAACUGAAACUAAUACACUCCAGCCUGGAAGAAGAUCCUGAGGAUGUCCGCAUAGAAUUUGUGAAAUACUUCAAAAGCAUUAUCAACUUACUAAAUGAGAGCAGAGACAGGGAAGAGAUGUCAAUUAUUACCUAAUGCUGGAAGAAAUACUGAAGUAAGAGAGAUACAGUACUUCUUUCAUUAUGGAAUCUGCCCAAUCCAGGAAACAGGAAUUUAUCUUCAUCUCUGGCAAAUGACAGUCCACAAACAUUAACGAGUUUACUUUCCCAAAAGCAAGUAGAUGCACAACUUGACUCGUCAUGAGAACCCACUAUUGACUUCUAAUGAACUGCUAUCCCCAAGAAUUGCAUGUAAGUCUAGGAAUUUGGAUAAAUUAAGCUGCCUCCUGGCAUUAGAUAAAGAGAACAAGAAUGUAUUUUCUAAUAAAACAUUGAUCUAGA